UUUCUAAUUGAUUUUGUUGAUUCUCUCUCCCUUAUUUCUUGGAUUUCCCUUUUCCACGUUCAAUUCCCUUUCUCUUCCAUUGUUCUUCCCCCUCUGUAAUCAUCCCCAUAGCUUUUUUCUCUCUUCAGUUUUCAUUUCUAAAUCCCAAAAUUCCAAUGGAUUAAAACUAAAAUUUUAUUUAGGGGGAAAAGAUGAGAUGACUGAAGAUUCUCGCCUUGUGGAAUUGGGAAAGAGCAUUCGCAAAGGAGAUCGGAAUGCUGUUAAGCAGUUUUUUGUCAAUGACAAUUACCCACUAGAUACGAUAAUAUUACCAGACGAUGGCUGCACUGCUCUUCAUUUUGCAAUACUGGCCGGGAAAUAUGAGAUCGCCGAGGAUUUGAUAAAGAUGAUGUCGGAAACAGAUCUAGAAAAAAGGACUACAAGUAUUCGUCACACGUCUCUUACGUUAGUUGCAUACAUUGGAACAACACACCUAGCAAGAUGCAUAGUCCAAAAGAACAGCGAAUUACUUACAAUUGCAGAUAAUAAUGUCUGUAUCCCAGUAACUGUUGCAUGCAAUAGGGGCCGCAAGGAGAUGACACGAUACCUUUAUUCUGUCACCCCACCCGAAGUGUUCCUACCACAAAAUGGCAAUCAUGGAAUCGAUCUCAUGAUGGGGUGUAUGCAGAACAAAAUUUUAGUGCUUGUCGCAAUGUUUGAAGCGACCAAGCAGGGCAUUGUUGAAUUCGUCCCUGAGCUAUUGAAAGUAAUCCCACCAAUCAUUUUCCCUCAUAAUGAUGGAAGAAACGUUUUCAUGAUAGCAAUCCAAUAUCGUCAAGAAAACAUUUUCAACCUCCUAUAUGGCAUUCAUGAGGAAUCUAGACUCGGUAUUCUUAAUGACAUAGAUAGCAACGGCAAUAAUGUGUUACAUGUGGCAGGGGAGAUAGCUCCUCCCUCUCAACUUGCCCGAAUCUUCAGCCCUGCAUUGCAGAUGCAAAGAGAACUACAGUGGUUUAAGGAGGUGGAAAGAAUUGUUCCAGAAUGGUGCAAAGAAUCUAAAAAUGGAGAGGAUGAAACCGCUUAUGAAGUAUUUUCAAAUAGCCAUAAGGAAUUAGUGAAAGAGGGGGAAAAGUGGAUGAGGGACACAGCAAGUUCUUUUAGUGUUGUCGGUACUCUCAUUAUUACGAUCAUGUUUGCUGCAGCCUUUACUCUUCCAGGCGGCAAUGCUCAAGAUGGUCUUGAUGUUUUUGGGAAUCCUAACAUCGCGCUUCGCCCAGGAAGAUUUUCUCGAGUCCUUGCCCAGGAAGUUGAUCAUUGGCCUUUCCACUCUUUUUAUUUCUAUUGCAGCAAUGACGGUUAGCUUUUCUGCUGCUCUUUUGAUUAUACUGCAAGAUAGAUGGUGGGCAAUUAUUCCCGUAAUUAUGAUGGCUAGCAUUCCAGUUACAAUUUUUGUAUGGCUGCAGUUUCCCCUCCUUGUUGAAAUUAUUAUUUCGACAUAUGCUACGGGAAGAAUUUUUAAGAGAAAAAUGAAGCCUUGGCUGGAGU